GCGCUACGAUAACUGCUGAACUCUGAGCGAAAGUAAAUGUCUCAAAAUGGCUGGUGUGGUUCUUGAAACUCUGAGCACGAAAAAGCUGAUCAUCUUGAUCACCACUUUGUUUUUGGCUUUGAUUUCAUUUUUCCUGAUUGGAGGAUUAAUAGCUCCAGCUCCCUCCAGCACUAUUGUCUCUAUUCCAAUCAACUGCAUUGAUUACGAUCACCCUGUCCCUAAAGACAAGAAAGCUUUCAUACCCAGAGGCAACCAUAGCUGUGCUUAUGUUGAAAAUUUAUUUGACAAAAGUGUGGAGACAGAAAAAAUUGAGGCCAACCAAAUUGUGUUCAGCCAGUGGCUACCACUUCCAAGAGACAACCACCAGCUUCGUAUGUCAAGAUGGUUUCAGUCUAUGCUGACUGUUAUCCAAAUGGAUGUUGUGCAUAACAGCAAAAACCCUUAUCCUCUUGGAAAAAAUCCAAAAAUGCAGCUUGAGUGCCACUUGUUCUACCGUAAUGCAGAAGAUGAUGAGAAUGAUUGGAAGGAACUUGCAUCUGCUGUUGUUGAACGCAGACUGGACUGCAGAAUUGAUGAAAACCAGAAACAGGAUGGAGAUUUAUACGAGUGUGAUCUUCUACCAUUCUUCGAGCUGGGAAGUGUUCAUUAUGACUAUUAUUUGAUCAACAUUCGCUUACCAGUCAGCAAAAGAGAUGAUGAAAUGAAUAAAUUGGGGACGGUUUCAGGAAUGACUUUCAUUACAAUUUUCCAGAAUGGUGGCUUCACUAAAGUGUGGUUUUCACUGAAGACUGUCUUCUUCCCAUUGACUUUAUCUGUUCUCAUUUGGUUUUGGCGCAGAAUUCUGCAGUUAAGUCGCCCAACAAAUUUAUUGGAAAGAACAUUGUUUGCUCUUGGAAUAAUUCUUUCAAUUAUGAACUUUCCUCUUGAGUGGAUCACAUUACUUGCGAAUGCUCCCUUUGUGCUUCUGAUAAAUGAUAUUCGAGAAGGAGCGUUCUAUGCCAUGCUUCUGUCAUUCUGGCUUAUCUUUGCUGGUGAACACAUGAUGGAUUCACAAGAAAGAAACAAGCUGUCAUCUUACUGGAAGCAUCUUUUGGCUGUAAUAGUUGGCUGUUUGGCUCUGCUUAUCUUUGAUAUGUGUGAAAGGGGUGUUCAGCUAACAAAUCCAUUCUACAGCAUUUGGGCAACCACCACAGGCACAAAUCUGGCUCUUGCUUUCAUCAUCCUUGCUGGAAUUGCAGCUUGUGGCUACUUCCUCUUUCUGAGCUAUAUGAUCUUCAGAGUGUUUCGUAACAUCAGCACCAAGACAGCCUCUCUACCCCAGAUGAGCAGUGUUCGCCGCAAGUUUUAUUCAGGUCUUAUUUUCCGCUUCAAGUUUCUGAUGCUGACAACCUUGUUGUGUGCUGCUUUGACAGUGAUUUUCUUCAUCAUUAGUCAAGUCAGUGAAGGCCAGUGGAAGUGGGGUGACGACGGUAUUUCGCUGGAGUAUUCUAGUGCUUUUCUUGCAGGUGUGUAUGGCAUGUGGAACAUGUAUGUGUUUGCUUUGCUCUCCCUCUAUGCACCAUCUCACAAGACAAUGGGUGUUGCUGUCCCAAAUAUUUUGCAUGCAGAGAGUUUGGAUGAGACUCGAGAGGAAGAAGUUCAGCUGACACAGAUCCCCAGUGAAUCAUCUGCACUUGCCUCUAUGAUCACCAAAUCAACUGUUGACUAAUAAAGUUCUGGUAGUUGCUCCAAACAGUUCCUUACGGAUGCUGUUCAUUGUGAGAUCACGCCUUCUUGCAGAUUUAUGCAAACUUCGGUGUUGGAAAGAACAGAUGACAGAUCUUUAAUUUUAUUGUGUGCUAGAUAUACAUCAGAGAGAUCCCAACUUUUUUCUGAUAUAUGUGUGGAAACAGAUGGUAAUGUACUAUAAACGUUCUUGCCUGUUAGUAUGACACAUGGCAAAGGAUGCUUGUUUGUGACAAACAUUUGUGCUGCAUAUCUGUAUGAUUUAUUUGUACAGACUCUUUAUUUUUUAAAUAAUAAACCAAUUCUUUUGCACAAACUGCUUGGCUAUUAUAAUGGCAGGCUAAUCCUGAGGUGGAAGUUUUCAAUGCAAAAUGGAGUUUCAGGGUAUGUUUUAUAUUUUGUACAAGGAAAGCUUCAGUAGAUAAUGUUACUAACAAGAAGGUAGGUCUUUGUUUAUUCUUGAGCCAGUCGUUAUAUGUAAAGCCUUUUUGAUGUGUUUGAUGUUUUAUGCCCCUUAAAAAUUCAAGCAUAUCUGCAUUUUUGUAUGUUUAAUAUUUCUUUUUAGAAAUUUAUAUUAUUGAUCAUUAUAAAAGAUCGAACAAGGUUCAAAUUUAUAAUACUGUUCUGUACAUUUGAGGUUUUUACUCUUUCUAUGUGCAUGUUAGAUACCAUGUAAAUCUUUAUUUUGACAGAUGUGUCCAAUGUGAAUGGAUACACAUUUAGUUAUGCCUAUUGGGUUAUUGGAAUCAAAGAUAACAGAAUUAUAGCAGUCAGGUAUUCAGUUUUGUGAACAAAGAUUAUUUCCUAGGGGUUUUUUUUUUUCUCUUAGGGACAAAUCCAUCAGCAGGGCAGACAAGGUAUUAUAGUUACCACAUGAAUUAGAAAUUCAUACAGCUUAGAAUUUUUGCAUACUGCACCCUUUUAAAGCCCUUGUCCACAAAGUGACUAUCUAGAUGCACUACUGUUUCUCUCUUCAAAAUGUUGAAAGGUUGCAUUAGGUGGGGUAGGGUUUGAGAAAGAUUGGUCUUAUGCCGAUCCGGCAACUAAGGCUAUAUCACAGCAAAGCAUCUGGUCCCGUAAUUAGGUGCCAAAUGCAGAGAAUACUAAAUGUUGAACAGUGGAUGUUUCUUAUAAUGAAAUCAGGAGUGAGUUUAAAUAAUUUUUUUUACGCUGUUGUUUUCCUUCCCAAGAGUUUUCAUCACAAGGUUUACACUGUUAUCUUUAACAGCAUUAUCUGUAGAAUGCAUUAUAUGUAUUUUAUAGAACUAUAACUGGCUGUGUUGGCCACUGUAUUGAGUACUUCCAAUAUGCAAUAUACUACUGGUGUUUACUUUUACAUAAUUUUUAAUACAUUUAAGUGCAUUUCGUGUUUGUUAGAGUUCUGAUAUUUAUGUGUUGUCUCCCUUUUCCUGCACCUAUUACACUAAACUUAGGAUUGCAUGAAAAAAGGCAUGCACCAGUUAAAGAUAUUAAAGGAAAAUAAACAUGGUCUCUUGAAGCAUUAUUUUGGGUAGGUGAAAAUUUAGACUUGGCAGUAGCAACAUCUACAACUCUGGCAAUUUCAUCAUGUCCAGAGAGAUGGUAUGAUUUUUACUAUAUUGAAAAGCUUUAAAAUUAGGUUUCAUUCAUUCAUAGCAGUUUUUAAAUUUUGUUGUGUUUGAUGUAUACAGCUGCAGUGUUUGUUCUAACUCCAGUGAAAUUUAUGGAAAGAAAAAGGGGUUGGGGGAGGUAAGGAAACUGGUGUUUUAUGCUAAACCAGUAACAGGCUAUAUCAUGGCAAAGCAGCCAGUACGCGAGCAGCAAGUUGUUAUUGAAAGAUAGCCCUAAUUUGUGUCAAACUGUUAAAAAAGCUGUCAAUAAUUUGUUACAACCGUUCAGUAAUUUCAUCGUUUCCUGUUUAAGCACUUUAAAGGCAGUUUUUCACAUUUAUAGCAAAUUUGAGGCUUGCAUUUUAGAGUAUCUUCAACAAAAGAGCUUUCUUUUGAACUGUCAUUUGCAUCAUUUUAGUAUGAUGUUCAUGCGUUUCUUUCUCACCCUGGUUCCCAAACCAAUACUACUAAAAUUGCUGGAACAGAAAAGAUUACUGCCUCCAGAUGAGAGUUGCAGCCUUAGAGUAAGUAUUAGCUUAACCAUUCACCAGAGUCAUGCUGAUACCCUACAAAAGUCCCUAAAAUGAUUUUAGGUUGUCAAUUAUGGUUCCAAUAAGUCACAAUAAGUAUAUUUGAGGGUUUGUGGGAGAUAUGAUUUUUUUACAACAGAUGUUGCACCACAUAUGUGUCUUCCAAAAUGUUUGCACACAUUCUUUCUAGAGGUUUAGAUGAUGUCAAAGUUCUCUAUGGUGGGUGAAAUUUAUAAUUUACAUUCACUUGUUCUCUUUUUUAUAAGGUCAAUCUGGGUCAAAUGUAACUUGAAAAUUCAUAUUGAUGAUAAUGUGUAUACAGCAGUUUGACACACCAUGCACUUUCACCUAAAAAGUGAGAACAAUUUUGUACAUUUCAACAGAUUGUGAUUGAUAAAGAUUUUUGUUUAGUGAUAGGCAUUAUGUAAAUUUAUACAUUAAAUAUCAAAAAGCUUUUUUAGUAUUUUGAUAAAAUGUUUUUUUUUCAAUGCAUGUGAAAAAGAUCUGCUUCCAUUUUUAAGUGAUAAUAUUUUAAUGUUGACCAGUCAAGAACAAUGUGCAUUUAUUGGUUCUAGUUCCACUUAAGUGGAACUGCAUUCAGGUAUUGUGAUUUUUUUAAACCAUCUUGCUGGUACACUUUAACUUUUGGAUAUUUCUUUCCAUGUGCAUAUUUGUAGUAAAGGUUGUGAAUGUUUCAUGUUUUGAUGCAUUUUUGAUCACUUUAGAUCAAUAAAUGUUCAGAAAUUAUGAGCAAGAGUUACCUCAUCUAAGUUUUUUGUAAUUUUUCGUUUGCUUUCAUGCAAAGAAAUAGUUCAUUAUAUGACUCAUUGUAAUAAAUAAAAAAUCCUUUAAAGCUGUA